AUGAGUCAAGGAUCGUGUAAAAAGUGGGUAAAGUUCGUGCUGUUUGUGUUACUAGCAGUGUCAUUGGUGUGUUUGGUACGGGAGAUAAGUAUCAUCGACGACAAACCUAGUAUUGUGCAACAAGUUGAUAAGUUUUCAACGUCAAUAAAUUCGCAUGGCAGAGCGAAAUUGAUGACGAGACCAAAUCAGAAUUCAGAAAGUCAAUCAUUAAUAGCCACAAACCCAGGUGAAUUCGAGACGACUACCUUCUCUCUCAUAACCGAUGACGUCAUCGACGUAUACAAUUUCAGUUACACUUACGAACCGGGGUAUAUUCCCUUCACUAGUAUAAAUAAUACCAAAGUCGUUGUCAUGGAAACCGAAGAUAACAUACACAAAGGUGACACGCUGCAUCUCAUACUCACAACCCAUGAUGCAACGGGGCUACCACGCAUGCACGGUGGUGAUAUGUGGUAUGUGGUAAUGUACAAUGACGUCCAGAAAAUGCGCAGCGCCGGUCUAGUUAGGGAUCAAGGUAACGGCACGUACAUCGUCACGUUUUACGCCGCUUGGAAAGGCUACGCCGCAUUCGACAUCACCUUGGUACACCCAGCCGAAUCGACCAAAUGGUUACGCGAGGUGUGGUGGCCAGCUGAACAAAAGCUCAACUGGACGGGCCACUAUCGCAAACAGGAAAAGACUGUCCAAUCUACGUGUAUUCUCGAAACUAAUGCAACUGACGGGACGUUUUAUAACAAAUGCACAUACGCAAAUGAGCUCGUGCUUGGCAGCACAGCAUUUUUGUGUGACAAACCUCCAGAACCUAUGACAUGUGACUAUUUAUAUUCGAGUAAUGUUAAUUUUCUAUCCAUCUUGGAAGGAACGAAAAGAUUUCUAAACGGAAGUGACGCCAUCUUGUUUAACAAUAACUAUACAAUGGUGACGAAGACAAAGGUUGCAGCCAUUGUUGUGAAAGAAAAAUCUGUACAACUGCGACCGCUGCAUCUGCCUGAAUGCACUGAUAUCAAUCGGGUACGACCACACCAGGUGCACGGGUACUGGAUGGGCAACCAAUGGAAUUCCUUGAUUUGUGAUAUGCGAGUGUGGGAGAGAGCACCACUGCAGGAUAUUCGAAGAUGUUUGCGCAAACGGCAUCUAGUGCUUUUGGGGGACUCGGUGAAGCAGUUUUUUGAUGCCUUACUCGAGUUAUCGGGUUUUUUAAGAUCACGAAAAACUAAAACUGUUCAUAGCGUUGUUGUUGAAACCGACGACACCACAUUCACGUUGGCAUCGCCGCCCUGGCCAAUCGCCAGUACGCCGAUAACGUUUGACGUCACGCGUAAUGAGGUAAACGUCAUAGAAGGGUUAGAUACUGAGAAUUGCAAUUACGUCAUAGUUAUCAGCUCAUAUACGCAUUUCUUACAAUGGCCACGCGCCAGCUACAUCGAGAGAAUGAGGCUCGUUCGCGAAUCGUUGCUUCGCCUCCGAGAGCGCUGUCCAGAAACAAUGAUUGUCAUCAAAGGUACGAAACCGCGAGAACAUUUCGAACCGGACUCCGAAAUCCACAGCAGUGAUUUCAUACUUCUCGAAAUGAACAAAGUUCUUAAGGAAAUCUACAAAGACAUGUAUUUUCUUGAUGUUUGGGACAUGAAUUUAUCUUUUCCAGCGCCGAACAGAUCGUCUAUGCCAAUUCCAUUGAUAAGGCAAGAAGUAUCCAUGUUUCUGUCUCACAUUUGUGGCGCGAGUCACAGCGCCCUCCGUCGGACUUGA